AUGUCUGCCGUUCAGCUCGUUAACCCCAAGGCCGAGUCCAUCCGCCGUGACCAGGCUCUCCAGGUCAACAUCACCGCGGCCAUGGGCUUGCAGGAUGUCCUGAAGAGCAACCUUGGUCCUAAGGGAACAAUCAAGAUGUUGGUUUCUGGUGCUGGUGACAUUAAGCUUACGAAGGAUGGAAAGGUGCUCUUGACAGAGAUGCAGAUUCAGAACCCUACUGCCGCCAUGAUUGCACGAGCAGCAACUGCGCAAGACGAGAUUACCGGUGACGGAACGACCUCCGUGUGUUUGUUGGUCGGAGAAUUGAUGAAGCAGGCUCAGAGAUACGUCGGAGAGGGUCUUCACCCAAGGCUCAUCACCGAGGGCUUCGAGUUGGCGAAGAAGGAGGCAUUGAAGUUUUUGGAUGGAUUCAAGAUGCAGCAGACCGUUGACCGUGAAUUGCUCAUGGCUGUUGCGCGUACGUCGCUUUCCACUAAACUUCACGCCGCUGUCGCUACUACCCUCACCCCUACCAUCGUUGAUGCCGUCCUUGCCAUCAAGCGCGACGAUGAGCCCAUUGACCUCCACAUGGUUGAGAUCAUGCACAUGCAGCACAGAACAGCUACCGAGACUCAGCUCGUCCGUGGUCUUCUCCUCGACCACGGUGCUCGCCACCCCGACAUGCCCAGAAGAGUCGAGAACGCCUUCAUCCUUACCCUUAACGUCUCCCUCGAGUAUGAAAAGUCCGAAGUCAACUCCGGUUUCUUCUACAGCAGUGCCGAUCAGCGUGAGAAGCUCGUUGAGAGUGAGAGGCGUUUCGUCGACGACAAGCUUCGCAAGAUCGUGGAGUUGAAGAAGGAGGUCUGCGGUAACGACCCCAAGAAGGGCUUCGUUAUUAUCAAUCAGAAGGGUAUCGACCCCUUGUCCUUGGAUGUUUUGGUAAAGAACGGUAUCUUCGCUCUCCGACGAGCAAAGAGAAGAAACAUGGAGAGGUUGCAGCUUGUAUGUGGCGGUAUCGCGCAGAACUCUGUUGACGACCUUACCCCUGAUGUGCUCGGAUACGCCGGUCUCGUUUACGAGCACACUCUUGGCGAGGAGAAGUACACUUUCGUGGAGGAGGUCAAGGAUCCUAAGUCCGUCACUGUCUUGAUCAAGGGUCCUAACGCAUACACCAUCGCUCAAGUUAAGGAUGCUGUUCGUGAUGGUCUUCGUGCCGUUAAGAACGCCAUUGAGGAUGCUGCUGUUAUUCCUGGUGCUGGUGCCUUCCAGGUUGCAUGCGCAACCUACCUUUCCAAUGAAUACAAGAGGACAGUGAAGGGUAAGGCCAAGUUCGGCGUUCAGGCAUUCGCGGAUGCUCUCUUGGUCAUCCCUAAGACUUUGGCAGCAAACGCUGGUUUCGACAUCCAGGACGCCGUGGUGGCGCUCCAGGAUGAGGCUCAGGAUGGACAUAUUGUCGGUUUGGAUUUGAGAACAGGAGAGCCUAUGGACCCCGUGGUUGAGGGUGUCUGGGACAGUUUGAGGUCGACGAAAUACAUGAUGAUUUCGAGUGCGGAUUUGGCGUCUUCAUUACUGCUCACGGAUGAGUUGCUACGUGCGGGUAUCUCAAAUGCUAAGCGCGGACCGGGAGGACCUUAA